AUGGUGUCUAACUGCGCCACGUGCGCCGAAACCGGGGUGCAGCGCUCGGAGCCCAUGCUGCCGUCAAUCACUCCAACUCGGCCCUGGGAAGAGCUGGGCAUUGCUUUUUUUCACCUGAACGGCCAAGACUACGUACUUCUGGUGGAUUACCGGUCACGCUUUCCGAAAGCCAUCAGCCUACGCUCGACUACAGCACCUGUUGUCAUUAACACCAUCAAGAGCGUUUUCGCGCGCCAUGGGAUUCCGAGACUGGUGAGCAGCGAUGACGGUCGUCAGUUUGCUGCAAGCAGGUUCUCCGCCUUCGCUGAGCCCUACGGCUUCCGCCACGUCACCAGCAGCCCCCAUAUUCCACAGUCGAACGAAGAGGUGGAACAGAUGGCGCCUGCAGACCUGGGUGACGAAGACUUCCGGAGGCGCCAAGCAUCCGACUUCAACAGAAGACAUGCCGCUCGCACACUGCGGCCCCUUAAGGCCGGCCAGCAGGUCUGGGUGCAGGAUGUCAACUCCCCCGCGACAUUCUCGUGGCCAGCUCAACGCCCGCGCUCCUACGUGGUGGAGACUCCGACGAGUGUACGCCAGCGCAACCAGAUGCACCUGGUACCAACGACGGGACGUCCUGCGCAAUGCACUAACAGGCCGCCUAGAACUCCCGUGGCGGCCCGGAACAGUACCGCGUCGCCUCACGAAAGCACCUCCACUGCAGAGGCACCUCCUGGUUUUACUUCUACGCCACUCGUCUCAAGGUUUGGCACAAAGAUCCGCAGGCCGAAAAGGCUCGACCUAUGA